UCGGCAGAGUCACCACCAUCAGAUGGUGUUCGGGCUAUGCACAACUCUACUUCUCUUCCUGUCGAUAUUCAUGCUGAUCCUGUAUUUUGAAAACCUUCCACAGCAUGGCCUGGCAUGCAAAGGACUAGCCAUAGCCAUGCACUUUCUCCUGCUCUCGUCAUUCGUGUGGACGUCAGUGGAUGCCACGUUCCUCUACAAGCAGAUUGUGAUCGUGUUUGCCGAGACAAAGCAAAAUGUUAGAUACACACUUCACUCGUUGGUUUUCGUAUUGCCAUUGCUUGUGGUGUCUGUAUCUGCUGGAGUAACGCUGGCUGACGCAUACGGAGGAGAGAAUAUCUGCUGGAUUCGUUCCGACCCGGUCUUCUACGGUGCGUUGGUUGCACCGAUGUCGCUGUGCCUAGGAUACAAUCUGGUUAUCCUCGCUACUGUCGUCAUCACUCUGCAGAGACGUGGCAAGAAUCUGGCUACAGCAUCAACAAACGCGAGGAAGGGAAAGAAGGCUCUCCUCCGUGUAGUGGUGUCGAUCUCCAUCCUGCUCGGCCUUACAUGGGUAUUCGGAUUCCUAGUGCUUGCUGACGACAAUAUUGUCUUCCAGUACGUGUUUGCCAUCCUGAACUGUCUACAGGGCCUGUUCAUCUUCGUACACGUCAUUCGGGGCCAGGAUGCCAAGAAGGGUGUCGAGGAGGUUCUCUCCUCUCGCAAGACAAAGACUGGCUCGACCACCAAAUCUACUGGACUCCUCAGCUUCAUACUUCGAGGGCGCAAUACUAGGGCCAGUAGCACGACUGACAGAAGGAGCAUCAGCAGCGGCACAAAUGCGAAGAAGGGAACUGGCGGCGUUAAGGGAGUGCGAGGCAUUAAAGGCGGCAGCCGUAGCAGCAACGGCAAAGUUAGCAAAAUUCCCGAUAGUGCUGAACUUGACACUUUGGAGAUGGUGACGUUUAAAACACCAGUAAGAACGAAGAGCACAGCAGAGAGAGGCGGUCAUGCAACAUCUCAUACUACACCAACAAGAAGACCUUCAAGCCUGGCCACAACGCAAGACAGGCAUGGAAAUCUUCUGCCAAACUUCAGUCAGUCACCGACAACCGAUGACGAAGGAAGCUUCUUUGUACAUUCUCAAUCGCCGGUUGAUCUUCCAGACAUCAGCAACCUUCUGCCACCAGGAACCCCUACAUCGGAGUGGCGUGAGAGUUUUGAACUGUCGCCACUGAAUUCCAUCACAACCAGCCCAUCAACAGCCGAGCAAAGCGUGUUGAAAAGCCAACGAACACAGUCAUUCCGCAACUUCAAAUUUGAGCAAUAUAAAGGUUUAUCUGGUGACGUUUACACCACGGUAGUAGAUCUUGCGCCAAAAGUCAGUUCGGAAGAUGAGGAGUAACACUUGACCUAGCACGAACCAGUCACCAAGCACCCGAAAAGCACUACAUUUUCUAAACAUUUUAACUCUUCCAAAUAUGAUUGAUCUCAGAAAAUCUUCUCAAUUUGGCCUAAGCAUUUCGAUUUAGAUACUAGUAGCUAAAAUGUAACAUUUCCCAUUAUUCCCUUUCCAAUUUACUUUAUUUUACGCACGUUGGAUACACUGUAGUACUCUGGUGUUUACCUGAUCUUUGUUCAUAUGAACAUUCUUGUUGCAUAAUAAUAUCCAGCUCAGUUAUUUCACAAAUGGGAUUCCUAGCUGAAAGCACAAAUUAUUGUAGUUGGGAAACCUUUCAGUGAAUCUUUAUUGAAUUAUUUUCCAACGCGAGUUCAAUGAUAAGCAUCUAGCGCUAUCAUGAGCUACCCCAACUUUCUCUGCGUAAGCAUACUACAUGAUUAUAAUUAUCACAUUUCUGCAUUAUUACGCUACUGUGCCGAUAAUGAUCACAGUGGGCGAUCUUAUACUUCUCCCAAAACG